AUGGCACCUCGCGAUGUGAGGCCCACGACAAGCUGCGCGCGGCAGCCCGUGCAGCGGCCUGACCAGGCAGCUGUGGCGCCGGCGCCUGCGCCGUCAGCGAGGUUGGAGGUGAUCGUGGUGGGUGGUGGUUUGAGCGGGCUUUGCUGCGCAGCCAUAUGCUCCAAGAUGCAGGGGAAGAAGCGGAUCAGGGUCUACGACCGAGGAAAUGCCAAGAAGGACCUGCGCGUGGUGAAUCUGCAGAGUAGUACCUGGUCCAAGUUCCCCGAGGAGCUGCAAGAGCGCUUGAAGACCAUCAGCUCAUCCCAGUGGCCCUGCCAGCGCGAGAGCCCACGGAGCUUGGGGCGUCCGCGUAGCCUCUUCGCCUAUCAGCUCAAGGAGGAAUUGGAACGAAUGGCCCAGGUGGAGAUGCACCAGGGACCGCCAGAGCUGGAGGAUCCCUGCCAUGCCCUGGUCCUUGCCGACGGCCCCGAUGCUCGUCACCUUCGCCGUGAACACUUCGGCACUUCAGCCGUGUCAGCAGCAUCGCUGACAGCGCUGGGCUGCGCGGUCAGCGAUGUCGAAAGCGAUAGCAACUUGGCCACGGUGCUAAGCUGUGCACAGCGGCGCUUUGCACUGAAUCUGGCAGGAGAUGCAGGGCUAUUGAGCAUGGUGCUCACAGACGAUGAGAUCAAAGAGGUGCAAGGCGCAAAAGGCACACUGCAAAAAGUAAAAGCUUGGGAAACAAUGAAGGAGGGUUACCGCCUUUUUGGUUUAUCUGAUUCGAGCAUCGGCGAGCCAGUGGUGUUGUCCACGCACCUCCAGGGUCAACAAAGAUACUUCACCGAGCUGAACAGCUUCGACGCACCCGCAGCGACUAUAGCCACUGUGCAACAUCCGUGGGCCUUCUUGGUGGGCGAAGCAGCCGGCCUCGUGAAUAUUUGGCCUGGACGGGCAUUGAACGCCAUGGUGAAGUCGUCUUUGGUGUUGGCUCAACAUCUCAAGGCAAUGGCACAGGCGGUUCGUGCGGGUUAUCCUGUGGACGAAAGCUUCAGCAUGGAGUAUGGCGAACAGCUCACCAAGCUCCACGGCUUUGAAGCUGGAGUCUACAGCAGGCAAUGCGAAGCUGCUCAGACGAGGUCAAAGAGCUUCAGGCUGAGUACAUGCCUUCAGGAGGCCAAAGCGACGGAGCCGGCGCAGCAGGUGUCAGCCUUGGCUAUCUUCCGCCGGACUUUGCGCGGGAGCGGGCGCUGGCUGGAGAAGAACGAAGAGAAAGACGAAGAGAAGGACGAGAAGUUCGAGGAGGCUCUGUGGCGAGGAGUGAAGGAGGCCAAUCUGGAUGCAAGGACAUUGACACUCUUCAAUGCGUCUGGGAGCUGGUUCCUGGACCCGCCGCUCAGCGAAGCGGAGCCGGAGAAGGAGAAGAUCGUGCCAGAGGUGACAGUCCAAGAGAUGGAGGCAGCAGGCCGCAGCAGCUACAAUAGAGCAUUGCGCCUUUACCGCGCCAAGCAGCUGCCGGAGGCCGCUCAGGGCUUUCGGGCUGCAGCACUCCAUGGACACGGUAAAGGCGCAUACGCUUUGGGCGUGAUGCUGCUGAAUGGUGAAGGUGUGAAGAAAGAUGAGCUGAGCGCUGCACAGUUCUUGCAUCAGGCUGCACAAAAAGGAGAGAACAAAGCUAUGUACAACCUGGCGCUGAUGACCCUCAGCUAGAUGUGGAAGUGAAAGUCCUGAAUUUCGGAGCUAUAUAUGCCUCUUCAAGACCAUUGCAAUCCCUGACUUCUUGGCUUGGGAGGCGAGGCGAGCCUACCACCAAAUCGAGUCUGUAAGAUAGGGCUGCAUAUUCACCAACAAGCGCUUGGUGUCAGUCAUCGCACCGAGCAAACAGAUACACAACGGCAAGGAGAAAUACAUCGCUCUACCACGUUGCUGAACCCUCCCUGGCAGUAGGUCAUGCCGACCAAAUUGAAAGGUCUAAGGUCGAGAUGGAUUAGCUUGGAAUCGUAGAUCCCACAAGCAUAAGUUGUUUGUCGAAGCGAGCUCACUGUGCAAGGGAAGGGCCUCAUAGGCCCUCACGACUGGUGGAAGAUAGACCACCAAUGAAACCUGUGAAGAUCAUGAAUGAAUACAUAGGAAAUAGGAAACCACAGAAACUUACAACUCUUAUCCUGGUUCGCUGCUUUGCCUGGGCCCUCGAGGUAUCAACAUGGAAUUGGCAGCUUGUCAGGAUUGAUUGAAACUUGAAACAGCGGAUGCUAUGAGUUGGCUUGGGAUUGUUUUGGUCCCUAGUCGUAGUGACAACGAUAUUCCCUCAAAGGUCGGAUCUCAGAAGUUUAUUGGAAAUUCCUAUUCUGAAUUCUCAACUAUUGAAACAAAAAGAACAGUAUUCCGCUUGAAUUCUCUUGCGAAUUCUGUGAAAGAUGUGAACGAGUUCGAAACCGAUGUGCUGAGGUCUCCGCCAGGACGCCUUGAAGGCCAAGGAAUGGACCCUGCGAGCUGCAGAGAAGGGGCACCGCAAG